UUGAUCGGAGUUGGCAUUUAACGGAUGAAAGAGGAGUUGUCGUAACAAAACGUCUCUAUUUUUGACGAACCGUUACCAUUUGCGAACGGCAGUUCUCCACAAUGACUCACGUCGUCAUAUUCCCUCUUUAAAUCAUCCGUCACCUAACGCUCCGUCACGUAACCACCCUUAACGUCGUCUCUGUUCCGCUCUCCGAUUCGAAACCCUAGCCCUAUUUUCUAUCCUCCUCGGAUGGCGUCGCGAGACUUCCCUCUCAUCGAUCCCCACGCGCCAACGCGCCACCACCAGGAAGACCCCGUUAGCACCGAGUAUUACCACCAUCCCUUUAUCGACGCGGAAUCUGAUCCGGAGAAAUCCGAUUCUGGAAAUCCCGCGAAACCGAACCCUUAUUAUUACAGCGGCAUCGCCGGAAACAAGAGGCAGAAACCGAACGGAAGCUUGAACGCCGGAGAAUCUGGAUCCGCAUCCACGCCGGAGUCCCGGUCGGAUUACAGGAAAGACCGUGAGGAAUGGAGCGACGUGGCGAUCGAUUGUCUCCUGGAUGCUUAUACUGAGAAGUUCAACCAGCUGAACAGAGGAAACUUGCGCGGAAGGGACUGGGAGGAGGUUGCAGAGGCGGUGAGCGAGGGUUCUGGCGGAGGAGAUGAGAAGAUUGGGCAGCGUCAGAAGAUGUGGAAGAGCGUGGAGCAGUGUAAAAAUAAGAUUGAUAAUCUGAAAAAGAGGUACAAGGCGGAGUUGCAGAGGAUGAGCAGUAGCGGAAUGUCUACCAGUCAUUGGCAUUGGUUCAAGAAGAUCGAGGCCAUCAUGGGCAAUCCCGGUACCAACAGAGUCGCCGAGAGUGAGGAGAGAGGAGGAGCUGCCGCAAGCUGUAAUUUGAAUAGGCAAGCUAAAAGAUGCGUUCCUAUCAAUUCUUCUUUCACAAAUAAUCUGAAACCGAAAUCGCUACAAGCCCUAAAAUGGCGUAGAGUAGUGUUUAAGAUCAGUGGUAGUGCAUUAGCUGGGAACUGCCAGAGUAUAGACCCCAAGGUAGCAAUGCAGGUUGCAAGGGAAGUAGCAACAGCUUGCCGCCAAGGGGUGGAGGUUGCAAUUGUCGUUGGUGGCCGCAACUUCUUUUGUGGAGAUUCAUGGGUGUCUGCUACUGGAUUGGAUAGACCAACAGCCUACCAGAUCGGGAUGAUGGCAACAGUUAUGAAUUCAAUCUUGCUUCAAUCAGCUUUUGAGAAAUUGGGUGUUCAAACACGUGUGCAAAGUGCAUUCUCACUGCCAGAGGUUGCUGAACUAUAUAGCAGGCAAAGGACCAUUCAACAUCUUGAGAAAGGAAGAGUCGUGAUAUUUGGUGGGGUUGGUGCUGGCACUGGAAAUCCACUCUUUACCACUGAUACCGCAGCAGCGCUCAGAGCUUUUGAAAUAAAUGCGGAUGUGGUGCUAAAAGGUACAAAUUAUAAUGGCAUAUAUGAUUGCCAGUCUGGUAAUGGCAAUAUAGUGUUGGAUCACAUAUCCUUCAGGGAGGCAGCUACAAGAGGUAUUACAUCCAUCGACACGAUGGCUGUUACGUACUGUGAAGAUAACGGAAUUCCUGUUGUCGUCUUCAAUAUGCAUGAGCCUGGGAAUAUAUCAAGAGCAUUAUGCGGAGAGCCAGUUGGAACGUUAAUCGACCAAGCUGGGCAGAUUGCUUAGCUAACCUGGAAGCCAGUUUUCCGGUUAUCGAAAUUUUAUAGGUGCUGGUUAAAAGAGCAAUGAGACUUAGCAUCGUGGAGAUCCUCUUCUCCUUUGAAUCUCUGUCAGGUGGUGCAACUUUUAUGACUGCGACAUAACAAAUAUACCCAAUUUUGUAUGCACUUAUAUACAUCAGCUGUAAAUUGGUUUUUGUCUUUUCAUUACUUUCUUAGUCGGGGGAUUGGAGAUUCGUAUAGGUGAGGAACUUCAUAUAUUUCUAAUUGAAUUUUUCUUUGCUGAGUUAGAAGAAAAUGGUGAAGCCUGUUGUAUAUUUGAGAUAAAUGUCAUACAAAGUGUAGAUCUCAUUUGCAGAUAUACUUUCAUAUGUCUAAAAUGUCAUGUAAAUUUUAAUUUGAACAUGAAUUACGAGAGCCUUGCAACCUUGCA